AUGCGUAGCCGCACGUUCGACCGAUGGACUGCAGAAUUUAUCCAACGUCACGAGGACACCGGGGCGACCGUUAUCUGUCUAGCAUGUGGCCUCGACAGCCGCUCCCUCCGUCUCCAGUGGGGACCCAAGGUGCGGUGGAUCGAUCUGGAUCUUCCCGAUGUUGUCGCACUCCGCCGUAAGCUGUUACCGACCCCCGGCGGAGACUAUCGAUUGGUCGAUGCGUCGGUCGUGGAGGACUCGUGGCUCCAGGACAUACCCGCGGAUCGCCCAACAUUGAUCUUGCUGGAGGGGCUGGUGAUGUAUCUCACCGAGGAGGAAGGUAAAGGCCUACUGCAACGCCUGGUGGAACGGUUUCCCUCGGGGCAAUUGGUGUUUGAUGCGGUUGGAUCGAUUAUGACUGCGGUGCAGCACCGGAGCCAAAUUGCCAAAGCUACGAGGACAUCCAUGUCCUGGGGACUUGAUCAGCCACAGGCCCUGGAAGCGUUGGCUCCGCGUCUAUACCUGCGUGAUAUAGCGAGAUUCGGGGAUCAGGAUGGAGCGAAUGAGUUGCCACUCUUUGUGCGGUGUGUCGCCUGGGCCCUGAACCAUGUGCCAUACAUCCGAGACGUGGGAUACGUUUUACGAUAUGAGUUUUGA